AUGGCCUCCACUGUUGACAUCGCAUCCUCUUUCAUCGAGGGUGCCCCGCCUGGAGAGCUUGCAGAUGUUGUCGCAGAUGUCAAGUCCCUGACCUCCGACGGCCCCGAUAUUAUUCCCUCUCUGGCCCCGGCCUUCGAGCGCUACAAUGAGACACAGUUGGCGACCGUGAAGCUUCCAGGCGCCAGUCAGGAGGUCUUGAUCUCCGAAUACAACAAGCUGGAAGGAAACCGAUACUUUGAUGUGGAGAGCCAGACGUCUUUCGAAGUGGAUCAUGUCACCCAGGAAGCCUCCGCUGCGCAAUCAUAUGUUCUCGAGUCGCAGAACGCCGACUUGAUCAAAUCUCUCCUCAAGUCUCUCGGCGCUCACGCCCUCGAACACUACCGGGAUUGCUCGUAUGGAGUCUACCCCAUUGAGGAGGAUAGCGCCGUUGCUAUCGUCCUCGUCGCCAACCGCUACUCCCCUAACAACUUCUGGAACGGUCGCUUCCGCUCCAUCUACACUGUUCCCGUCUCGUCGGAGUCGACCACGAUCUCGGGUAAGAUCCAGGUGGAUGUGCAUUACUAUGAGGACGGAAACGUGGCGCUCAACACGACCAAGCCGAUCAGCCUGUCCGUGACGUCCUUGGAUGCGGGAGCCAUCGUCUCGCGCAUUGCCGGAGCCGAGCGGGACUACCAAGAAGAACUGAACCGGGCUUUCGUACAAAUGGCCGAGGGCUCGUUCAAGGGACUGCGCAGACAGUUGCCCAUUACACGGCAGAAGGUCGAGUGGGAGAAGGUUGGCGGAUACCGCCUGGGACAGGACAUCUCUGGCGGAAAGGGACGGUAG